CAUAACUGCAACCACUGCACGGGGACACGUGGCUGCCAAGGAUAGCUGUAAGCCAAUACCGUCCUCCUAGGCAAAAUCAGGUAUGCUCAGUAGCAGAGAGAAAAUCUGCGAAUGCUUCAGAUCAUGCAUUCAGAAGGCUGGAAUCUUGUCAAUCACGUCCUGAAGAACUAACAGAUGACAACCCGUCAGACUACAACGGGGGUUUCAUUGCACCCAGGCUGGAAUUAUCUCAGGGAUACCACUGGAGUGGACAAUGAACAACAGCACUGAGUGCCAUGAUGAUCACACCCUGGAUAAGUAUUUGUUUCCAUUUGUGUACAGCAUUGUGAUGAUGAUCAGUGUUCCCAUCAACUGCAUAUCCCUCUAUGCAUCUUGCGUUCAGGUGAGGAAAAAGAACGAGUUAGCAGUCUACAUCUUUAGCCUGUCCCUGGCUGACCUUUUGUACUCUUCGAUUCUGCCUCUGUGGAUUGAUUAUGCCUGGCAUGGAGAUGACUGGAGGUUCUCUGCCUUGCUUUGUCAGAUUUUUGCCUUCCUUAUGUAUAUGAAUUUCUACACCAGCACUGCGUUCCUUGCUUGCAUCUCUCUCAACAGGUACCUGGCAUUAGUUCACCCCUUGAAGCUCCACUACUUGCGCACAAGAAAAUUUUCAGUGAUUGUCAGCAUAAUUGUUUGGCUUCUGGAAAGCAUCUUUAAUUUAUUCAUACUGGUGAAAAAAGAAGUAUUCAGUGAUCCUUGCAAUUUCACUAAUCAUACAUUAUGCUAUGAUAACUACCCUCUGGAAAGGUGGCAGGCGAACAUCAAUUUAUUCCGAAUAUGCUCAGGAUACUUGGUCCCUUUGGUAACCAUUUUGUUUUGCUACUAUAAAAUCUACCAAGUAGUGAGGUAUAACCAAGCCACAAUGGAUGAAGAAAAGAAAAAAGUAAGGAAACUUAUUCUGAACAUCACAGUUAGUUUCAUUGUUUGCUUCACUCCUUAUCAUGUUGUGUUGCUUAUCCGCAGCAUCAAAGAGCCUUCCACCUCCGAUCCACAUCUUCUCUUGCCACUGUAUAAGGUUUACAGAAUCACACAGGCCUUAACAAGUUUGAAUUGCAUUGCGGAUCCUAUUCUGUACUGCUUUGUGAGUGAAGCUGCACGAACAGAGGUAGUGAAUUUGCUCAGGUGUUGCUUGUGCCUACAAAGGCGUGAGGAAGACCAAGGGAAAGAACGUGCUCUGUGCAGUUCUACUACAAAAAAGACUGCACUGAUCACCUACAGAACUUCCUGUGAAACACAGAGUGUCAGAAUUUCCUGAAUGAGCAAUGCAAAUGAAAACUGGAUAACCUAAAAGGAAAAGAAAGAAAAAAUUCUUCUGCAGUCUGUACUUAGAAAAUGCCCCAAAAGUCAGAGAUACCAGUCUAAGCAAAACCAGUAGCUGGAGCCAAUAAGAACUUACUGUAGGGUCAAUGAAAUCAAUGGAGUAUCAACACAUCACACAUGGUAUAUAAAUCAGUGACAACAAACAAACGCACAAUCAAGAAGGAUGGCUGUGACAUGCUGACAGAAUUACUGAGGAUCCCCCACAGAACUGUCUCCUGUUGCAGCUUGC